AUGAACCGAUUUGUCAUUCUUCUUCUGGCAUUUGGCUUCGCCAAUGCUAACUUUUGCACCGAUGGCACUGGCCAUUGGUUCAUGUCCCUCGCCGAAGGAGUCACCGAUUAUUCAUACGGAGGAUCCAGACUCAAUACCAAUUACUACUGCUUCGAGGGAUGUUUGAAUACCGGAACUGCUCUUCAAAACUAUAAAGUUGCUUUAUCAGGAAAUAAUGGUACUACGCUUGAGAGAUCUCGUGUAGUUAAGGAAAUCGUAUCUCUUCAUGCUCAAGUUAAGAUUCAUGAUGACGACGAUCCAAACGCUGAAUUCUGUGUUGAUCCAGUUUUGAGACAGGAUAUUGCCAAUGCUCUCAAGAAGACCACCCAAAACAGUUGCAAGAAUAUCGUCAAUACCCUCGUUCUCAACUUGAACCGUCCAGGAUGGGCUAUCACUUGCAUCCAAUUCGACGAAUUCGCUCUUGAUGGAGUUAUUUCGGACAUGAACUUCUGCAGCUAUGACGCUGUUGCCAAUGGAGAGAUUUACACCAUCCGUCUCGCUAAACUCGAUAUGUCUUAA